GGGUUGAGCCCGCCGCUGCCUAGGCUACGGGUCUCCUCAGGUAGCCGCUUUUGUGGUCGGGCUACGGAGGCCGGGUGGCCGGGAAGGCGUUUAAGAAGCUCUUGGAGUAAUAUGAGUCAGAGUAAUGUAGGAUCUGCAGGAAGUCCCUCAAGAUAGUUGGAAAAAGAAGAAUUUAUAGACUCUUCAUCAAGAUCUUCAUUUUCGCAGCUGUUAAAUCCAAGGCUACAGUUGUGGUGAAACCAUGAAUAAAAAUACAUUUUCUGUAGUAUCAUCCAGUCUACUUGAAAAGGAUCCUGCCUUUCAGAUGAUUACAGUUACCAAGAAAACAGGCCUUGGUCUGAAGAUCCUAGGAGGAAUUAACCGGAAUGAAGGUCCAUUGGUAUAUAUUCAGGAAAUCAUUCCUGGAGGAGACUGUUACAAGGAUGGACGUUUGAAACCAGGAGAUCAACUUGUCUCAAUAAACAAGGAGUCUAUGAUUGGUGUAUCAUUUGAAGAAGCAAAAAGCAUAAUUACCAGAGCCAAGUUGAGGUCAGAAUCUGCUUGGGAGAUAGCAUUCAUAAGACAGAAAUCUGACAGCAGCCAUUUAGAAAAUCCAUCUUGUUCAUCCCAUUUACAAGCUACAGGAGAAUAUAGACCUCAAGCCUCAAAAUUUAGCCUUAUUUCUUCUCCUCCUGAAAUACUAAUUCCAAAGACCUCAUCCACUCCCAAAUCUACAGAUGCCAUUUUACCUUCUUUUAGGAGGAAUCAGAUAAAAACUGGAUACAAGAAAACAGAAGAGAUUCCAGUUAGUUCUUCAGACAACAGCCCUACAGAUAUGUCUAAUACAGAUAUUGCCCCUGCUUGGACUGAUAACUAUGGGCCACAAGGAAAGAAGAUUUCCCUAAGUCCAUCUGUUCGAGUUAAGGUAGAGAAACUGGAAAUGGCUCUAAAUUAUCUUGGAAUUCAGCCCACAAAAGAGCAACACCAAGCCCUGAGACAGCAAAUACAAGUAGACCCAAAGGGGACAGUGUCUUUUGGAGAUUUUGUCCACGUUGCCAAAAACUUGUUUUGCUUGCAAUUGGAUGAAGCCAAUGUAAAUGCACAUGAAAUUACCAGCAUAUUAAAUUCACAGAUUUCUCAAGAGACAGGUGAUUCCUUAGAAACAGAUGAAACGGAAAAGCUUAAGCGUGAAAGAAAUGACGCCUUGGAAGAAGUGAAUGCACUUAAGGAAAAAUUAUUUGAAUCGGAAAGGCAGAGGAAGCAAUUGACAGAAGAACUCCAGAAUGUCAAACAAGAAACCAAAGCUGUGGUCGAAGAAACAAGAGCCCUGCGAAGUCGGCUUCAUCUUGCCGAAGCCGCACAGAGACAGGCCCACGGAAUGGAAAUGGAUUAUGAGGAAGUGAUCCGUCUGUUAGAGGCUGAGAUUACAGAGCUGAAGGCUCAGCUUGCUGAUUAUUCUGACCAAAAUAAAGAAAGUGUUCAGGAGUUAAGAAAGAGGAUCACAGUACUGGACUGCCAAUUGCGAAAAUCAGAAAUGGCUCGGAAAACUUUUGAGGCAUCCACUGAAAAGCUUCUCCAUUUUGUAGAGGCUGUUCAAGAUGUGUUUUCUGAUAAUUCUGCACCUUUGUCAAAUUUAAGUGAAAGAAGAGCUCUGUUAGCUUCCCAGACAUCCCUCACGCCAUUGGGAAAGAAUGGACACAACAUCCCAGCAACACUGGCACUUGAGUCCAAGGAACUUGUUAAAUCUGUCCGUGCCAUACUUGAUAUGGAUUGUCUACCUUACGGGUGGGAGGAAGCUUACACAGCAGAUGGAAUCAAGUACUUCAUCAAUCACGUAACACAGACUACAUCCUGGAUGCACCCCGUGAUGAGCGCACUGAACUUGUCCUGCUCAGAGGAGAAUGAAGAGGAUUGUUCCAGAGAACCUCCCGACCAGAGGAACUGAUGAGUUUCUGUGGGAAGCUGCACUCCAUGGUCUUCCAGCAUCUCCAUCUACACAGAUAACUCUGAGACACAACAUCUAAACGAGGAGUAAAACAUACACUAGUUAGUGAAGUUGUGAAAUGGAGACUCUGGAUUUAAGCUCUUUUUGUAAAACUUUUGGAUAUAACUGUAUACGUUUGCAAAAUUGAUUGCCACUAUAGUAGUUCUUUAAGAAUAAUCUAGUCCUAUUUUUUAAUCAUAUGUAAUUAGAUUUUAUAAUAUGUAUAAUUUUUCAUAUGUAAUUAGAUCUUUGUCAUUUUAUAUUUAGUCCUUUAUGGAAUAUCAGACAGUGGUUUUUAUAAUUAAGACUUUGAAAAAUUAUGUGAACAUAGUGAAACACUUCAUUUAUUUGAUAAUUCACUAAUCUUUUAUAUGCAUAUCAUAGGAAGGGAUUUAAGCAAGCUUUGGGGAGUUCUUAUGGAUCACAUUUAGAUGACUGUCUCACAGGCCACUGGAUACAGCUUUUAUCUUGAUGAUGCUUUCUAAUUUACAAAAUGCCUUUCAGACCCUGUUUUAUGUAAAGCAUACAACGUGCCUGUGAGGCAGCUCCAGUGGGUAUUUUAUAGUUAGGAAAAUAGCGGUUCAGAGAAAUGAAGCCCCUGUCUUGGAGCUGAGGCUCACACCAUUGUCUUCAGUUCCACACCCAGGCCCCUUUGCCCCACAUUCCACUGUCCUGGCAGAGGCAGGUCGCCUGACACGCGGGUCCCGGGGCUCUGUUGAUACAGCUGAGCUUCACCGCUGUGCACCCCAGGAGCCACAGAGACUUAGGGGGCACGUCUGCAUUAAACAUGGCUCCCACCCGGUCCAUGCUUCUUUAUAAGCCCUUCCCCCACACACUCAGCUGGCAGAGGCAGGGCUUUGAGAUGUUCUUGCAAACGGGCUUCUUUUCAACAGCUCACAUUUUUCUAAAGUAAAGUGGCUGGCUUCCAUCAGGGAUUUGCCCAGCCUGAGUUAUGCUGGCUGGAGAGAGGGUGUGAGAGGGGCCAAUGAACAGAGAAUAGAGAGGCAUCCAGAAUCUGUGUCGAAAGAGACAUCCAUCAGCCUCCAGGCUGAUUAUGCUUCUGAUCUCAUUUCAUUUUAUAGUUAAGGGGAGUUUCUGGAAGGAAUGAGCCAUUGACUUGCAGUGCUAAAGAUUUUCUCUCCGUUUAAUGAUUUAAACCUGGAGCUGGGAAAUGAGGGUGGGAGAAGGAUUGGAGUUGGGAGGAAGUCAUUUUAAAUGCUCUGGGCAUUAAGUACCAACUGAAUAAUAAAAGGGACUUAUCCUUACCCAACAUUGUUAAUAUUGUUAGGUAAUAUACUUAGGAGGAAAGUCAGCAAGAUUCAUUAAACAUCUUUUGGUGAAAAAGACUCAUUUUUCAAAUGAGUUCUUAUGUAGAAUCUCAAUACUUGUAAUAGAUUUUUUUUUUUAAUAUUGCUGUCUUACUGAAAAGAUGGAGGCUUGGAACUCAAUUAAAACAGCAAACCUAAAACUCCUUAGGAUAUAUACUGUCAGAAUUAUCGAUUGUAACCGUUUUGUAGAUGAGUAAGCUGAGGUCCUAAGAGUUCACACAGUAAGGUCAAACUUAGACCUAGAUCCUGAGUCUCCUAGUCUGCUACCCUUCGUGUGGUAUGUUAUAUAGACCUAUGCUAUAAAUACAUGUGUACAUCAUACUCACACGUUCCUGAAUAUAUGUAGGGUUUAUAAUUCUGUCUUGAAUGAUAACAUAAGUCAAAUCCAGGGUGAUGUGUAGUCAUCAGCCCUGAGAAAAGUUUUAGAAUGGCCACAGAAGACCUGGGUUUCCCCUGACAGCUCUUUGAGUACCGGGAAGCUGCAGGGAGACGCGUUUUGAGAGAAGGCCCUGAGCGAGCUCUUUCCUUACGUCCCCUGAGAUGAGUGAAGUCCUCAAAUACCCCAAGUUACUUUUAUACGUUAGUAUCUAUGAUCGUGAAAGUGCAGAGUAUUUGUUGUUGCCGAAUUAAUGAUACGAAAUGCCCCUCCCCUCCCUGGGAAUGUUUUUCUAAUUAGUUUCUGGUGAGGAAAACGCAGGAGACGCUUGAAUCACUUGGCAUCAAGGUUCUCAGGGCACAUUUCACUGGCGGAGGCCUCGUACAUUGACUGUGCUGUUCGGUGGCACUUUCCUCACUGACUCCUAAUUGAACACCUAAUGGAAACGGUCUAUAAAAAUUGUAAUAUGAGGGACUUCCCUGGUGGUCCAAUGGUUAAGACUCUGAGCUCCCACUGCAGAGGGCACAGGUUUGAUU